AUGCCAGGCGCGAAGGAGGCAGAAGAGGAUCCGGAUCGCUUGUCCCUGCAGAUCGUGAAGAGUCCAUGGUUUGACAAAUGUUGCGCCAUCUUGAUUUGCUUGAAUGCCCUGACGAUUGGGCUGGAAGUGGAGCUUGUUGCCUACGGCUUGGCGCCCUCGGGAUCGACGGGCUUUCGAAUUAUUCAAGUUGCUUUCUGCGUUUUGUUUGCAGCAGAGCUGGCGAUGAGAAUGGCUGCAUUUCGAAUGCGCUUUCUUACGGACCGUAUUGACAAGCCGUGGAAUAUAUUUGACACAAUAAUUGUGUCACUCUCUACCGUGGAGCUCGUGCUGACUAUGAUCUUCCAAGACAGCACAGCAACUCUUUCGGUGGUUCGCUUCGCGCGCAUUAUCCGUGUGGCGCGCAUCAUCCGAAUGACGCGAUUUUUGCGGCAACUCCGCACUCUGGUGUACACAAUACUGCAUACAUUGAGCUCGCUUUGUUGGACAGCGCUGGUUAUGCUCAUCAUCAUUUACCUGUUCGCAGUCAGCAUUACUGAGUCGUCUUUGGAGUUCUCGCUUCGGCAACCAACUCACUCGGAUGACCUGGAUGAGUUGAUCCGGAACUUCGGCACGCUGGAGCGCACGGCAUACACGUUGUUCAAGUCAGUGUGUGGAGGUGUCAGCUGGGGUGAGCCAGCAAGUUCUCUAUUCCUGCUUGGGCCCUUUUACGUAUUCUUGAUGUUGCUGUACGUGAUGUUCAUGCUUUUUUGCAUGGCGAACGUCGUAACAGGAUUUUUUUGCGAGCACGCUUUUGAAAUGGCCCAAGCUGACAAAGAUCAAGUCAUCAUGGAUCAAAUUCGACAAAGAGAGGAGCAUAUCUGCAGCUUCAAAGUUUUGUUUGGACAUGUGGAUGAAGACGAUUGUCAAAGCAUCACGUUCGAGCAGCUGGAGGAACUUUUGGCCCGAGAGGAUAUGCAAGCUUAUCUGGCACUCCUGGACAUUACCGUGGAAUCCAGCUCAAAUAUGUUCAAGCUCUUGGACACGGACGGCAGUGGGGAGCUGUCAGUGGAGGAAUUCGUGGAUGGGCUGCUUCGACUGAAAGGGCAGGCGAAGACCAUUGACCUUGUGGGGCUACGGCACGACAUCAGGCGCCAGGCGGUGGUCAUGGCGGAUUUCAUGGUCUUCGUGGAGGAGCAAUUCGACACGAUCCUGGGCAACGCAGGCGGACCGCUUCCAAGCCCGGCCGAGAGAGAGCCUGUGUCGCGGCGCAUCACCCAGGGGACUCAGGGGACCCAGAAGCAGCGCAAGUCCACGUGGGCCCCAAUUCGAAGAACGACGGUCAGCGGGCCGUAGCGGCGCGGCCAAGUUCGUUUCACCCGGUGUCAUCCAGUGACCGCGACUUCGUGCUUGCAGCCCAGCGCGGCUGAAGUACAACGGAAUGGGCUGAUGCCAUUUUUUGCUUUUUUAACGUGGCAAAGGCCCGUUUGACAAACCCUUCCAAGAAGGAGUUGAAGCCUUCCAGCUAUAAGUCACGCC